AAACCCUGCCUGAUUUGUGGGCAAUGUUGGGGAUGUAGAAAAAAAGGAAACCGGAGCAAAGAGAGCGCAAGGGAGAAAUAGGGAGACAACACUAACUGGGUAGCUAUGGAGAUAGUAGGUUUUCCUGGUAGCUUUCUUUGACAGGUGUCGAGUGGGAUAAAAUAAAGUAUCAGAACAGCCUCCAAGAUGUACGGCAAGGGUAAAGGAGCUGUGGUCCCCUCCGAUAGCCAAGCAAGAGAAAAAUUAGCGUUAUACGUGUACGAGUACCUGCUACAUGUGGGAGCACAGAAGUCCGCACAGACCUUCCUGUCUGAGAUUCGAUGGGAGAAGAAUAUUACAUUAGGGGAGCCCCCUGGAUUCCUCCAUUCAUGGUGGUGUGUAUUCUGGGAUUUGUAUUGUGCGGCUCCAGACCGGAGGGAGACAUGCGAGCACUCCAGUGAGGCGAAGGCCUUCCAUGACUACAGCGCAGCGGCAGCGCCCAGCCCAGUGAUGGGCAACAUGCCCCCGAACGAUGCCAUGCCAGGUGGUCCCAUGCCCCCAGGCUUCUUCCAGGGACCACCUGGCUCUCAGCAGUCCCCCCACGCACAGCCCCCCCCACACAACCCCAGCAACCCCAUGAUGGGACCCCAUGGCCAGCCUUUCAUGUCACCACGGUAUCCAGGUGGACCGCGCCCCACACUCCGAAUGCCAAAUCAGCCUCCGGGAGGAAUUCCUGGAUCCCAGCCUCUCCUGCCAAAUAGUUUGGACCCGACAAGACCGCAAGGACAUCCUAACAUGGGUGGACCUAUGAGAAUGAACCCUCCUCGAGGAAUGGCCAUGGGCCCACAGAAUUAUGGAGGUAUGAGGCCUCCUCCCAACUCCAUGGGCGGUCCCAUGCCAGGAAUGAACAUGGGUCCCGGAGGAAGAGGGCCUUGGCCAGGACCUAAUGCCAACUCUAUAGCCUACUCCUCCUCAUCUCCAGGAAACUACGUGGGUCCUCCAGGCGGAGGAGGUCCACCUGGAACUCCCAUCAUGCCCAGCCCAGGUGAUUCAACUAACUCCAGUGAAAACAUCUAUACAAUGAUGAAUCCUAUCGGACCAGGAGGCAACAGACCUAAUUUCCCUAUGGGACCUGGGCCUGACGGGCCAAUGGGAGCCAUGGGAGCCAUGGAGCCACACCACAUGAACGGCUCACUAGGCUCUGGGGAUAUGGAUGGGUUGCCAAAGAGCUCCCCUAAUAACAUGGGGGGCAUGAACAACCCUCCUGGAACGCCGAGAGAUGACGGCGAAAUGGGCGGGAACUUCUUGAACCCAUUCCAAAGCGAAAGUUAUUCACCCAACAUGACGAUGAGUGUGUGAUUUUAUUUUUUCCUUUUUUUUGAUAAUUUACCCCCCUAUUUUUUACCCCUCACCUGAAUUUUAUUUUAUUUUUUUCUUCUUCAAUUCAAUCCUUACGUCACUUUGGAUUGGACCACCUCCCCUCCUCUCUCACACACACACAUACCCACUGUCCCCCACCCCUCCACACGGGACCCCCCUUUUCCUUUUCUCACUCGGGAACUCUAUGGCCACACAGCCUUCUGGGACAGCCCUUGAGCAUGCUGGGACUCUAAUUAAGACGGGCCCUCCUGGAGCAUGCAAGAUGGCCGUCGGUCUGAAUAGGAAGCAGUCACAGAGCAACAGGAAGAGCCUCCUCUCUGACUCCGGCCCUGGCCUCCCUGGCUUCCUGUCAGGUUCUAGACAAUGAGCGAGGGAAGGAGGACAAACAGAGAGAAAGAGGGAGAGGAGACUGGAUAACACAGCCCUCCCCUGAGGACGCAGUGUCUGGUCUUUUAGCAGCUGCCUGGAAGCUUUUCAGCCACGACUUUGGACUUUAAAAAAGAUUUUAAAAAAGAUUUUUUUUUUUUUUUGUUCCUCUAAACGGAUUCAAUUGAGGAUUGGAUGAAACGACCUCCUUUUGCCCCCCCCCCCCCCACAUUGUUCUCUCUGUGUACAUUUUUAACAGAGGCGUUGUGUGAACUUUUUUCCCCCUUUUUUUUUUUUUUAAAUGUAUGUAUUGUAUCAUUGCUAUUUUUAUUAUUGUGUUAUUGUUAUUAAUGAUAUUGUUAUGAUCAUUUUAAGAUUAGGGUCAAAUUUCUGUUGUUUCUGAGGGCACAUUAUUAUAAUGAAGACAACAUAUGUGCACACAAAUCCAAAAUUAUUUGCUGUGUAAAAUGUUGCUCCCUGUGAGCACACUGCCCCCUGCAGGUAAGAUUUUAUCCAUCACGGUACUGAUUGGCCCUUUGCUUUGUUUUUUUAUCUUAAGAGUUUUUGCAACCAUAAAAAAAAAAAUUGUAUUUCUUGUUCAAUAAUCCAAACCAGAAGCGUCUCCUGUUUUUAGUAGCUUCAAUGCAGUGAAAUGCACAGCUCUAUUUAUUAAUGUACUUUAAAUUUGUUUUAUGAAUCGUUGUUACUUUUUGUUAUCCCUGGUUUUAUUUUUAAUUUUAAUUAACUGCAGAACUAGUAGCAACUGUGUAAAUAUGCAGAUCCAGUCAGCAGCAGCGUCUCCGUCUGACAUCAUUAGACACCUCUAUCCGAGCCCUAAAGGUGCUGACGUUUUCAAAAGUGUCGACCAUUUUGACCCCACUUAUGCUGCUUCCACUAAUGCUGCCCAUUUAGGUUACUGUUCACUCCAACGUGUACGUAGGCUGCGUUAUCAUCCCUGCUGACCUGUAGUGAACACUUGGACUGUUUUUUGUUUUAUUUUGCUGAGAAGUCCUCAACACACUGUGAUGUAUGUCUGUGCUUAAUGGAAAUUUUGCUUUUACACACCAGUCAGUUUAGCUCGCAGACAUUUUGUUGUCAUACAUGCAGCGCUCCCUCUUUAGGUCACUUCUAGUGAAAGGACUUCUGGCUCUCUGCUGAUCAUUUUUAUGUUGGAGCAAUGCAGGCCAGGAAGCGGCACAGCGUUGCUCUGUUGACUGUAACAAGUGGCCUCCCUCCCUUUGCUCAUCUUGAAGAAAAAGACCCCCGUCCUUUUUCCCCUUGUCUCAACUUUGCAGCGGGCCAGCAUAGACACACAGUCGCACACCAUCCCUAUAACUGUUUUUUUUUUUUUUUUUUUUUGUACAACUCUCCAUCUUUUAAGUUACAUUUUUUGUAAAUACUGUAAAAUGCAUUUUGAUAUCAUUGACAUGUUUUGAUAUUUUCAAAUCACAACAAUAGUUGAUCAGAGACGUGCUGAUUUGGGGCGACGGUGUGUCUUUUACUCAGAAAUGGUAUGAAUGAUGAGAAACAGAAACUGGAGCUGCUAUAGACUAUUAUGCUAUUUCUUCUCAUCACAGACAAACGUGGGGCUGUACUGUGCAUCAGAGCUGUACCGUCAAGGGGUCUGAGAAGAUGAGGGAGGAGCUUUUUGAAGUGUGUUUGAACGCCUUUAGCUAACUCACUGUCAUACACAUUUCCUUGAGAGAAAAAAACGUAAACUUAAAAUUACACAUUUAUUGUCCUCUGCCUCUGUUCUUGAAAAAUUUUGAGUGAGCUGGCCAAAAAGCCACAAGAAAAAAAGCAUAUUUUUCACAGUUUCUGACAGGGAAUUUGCAAGAACGAGGACAUUUUUUCAUAAUAAGAACCUGCAUUUCAGCUUCUACCCUCUUGACACAACUCAACCCGAAAGCAGGGCACGCAGGACACUGUCGCUCAAUCCAACAUGCCAGGGACCAGAGUACAAACUUUACUAUGAAGGAUUUUUUUUAAUCUAUUUAAAAAUGGGGCAGGAGAAGUGUUUUGGGAAAGUAAAGAGGGGGGGGGGGAAUAACGGAGAGACUUCUUAUUGCUAAGAGGUAGAGAGAGUGCAGGAACAGGUGUUUCCUCCCCUGUACGUACUUUGAAAUACUGUUGUAUAAAAUGCAGUUGAACUUCUCUCUAUCUUUGUCCUGUAAGUAAAGCCGUCACAACGUUGAUCAUUUCUGUAUUUCUAUUGUGCUGAUGUAUAAUACUGUAACAUUCAGGGGUGAGGGAGGGUUAAGAGAGGAAUUUUUUUUUGAGGGGAGUAAAGAUUUUUCUGUUAAGUUCCUCAUUUUUCCUCUUGAUGACAAAGCAGUAUUGAAUAUGAGGCAGUCUGUCCUUGGGGAGUUGCUUUGUAUCUCAUGUUAGGGUAGUUUCAGAUCCUAAAUGUCUCGUGUAGUAAAAUAAGAGGUUCCUUCUUCGUAUGUUUCUUUAUAUUGUAAAGUUUCUUUAGACAAAAAAAAUGUUGCUUAUUGGGGGGAAAAAAGGUGGGAAAACUGCAUUGAUAAUAAAUGUAAUUCUUUUGGGCUUUUGUUUUAAUUUUCAUCAAUUUGUCAGUCGUUUUUGCCUGUGUCCCCCUUGUUGUAGAUACAUAUUAAAAACAAAUAAAAUGACUACACUCCUUUUGCCAUGAA